CGUCGCCAAAGUGUCCAGACUCAAGGAACAGGGAUCACCUCCAGGAACCGAUCUGGAGAACAGCCUGGACACAAGCCAACGUCGCUCCUUUUUUCCUCCGGCCCUGACCUCUACCAUUCGACUCCAGAACAGCUCGACUCUGCUGCGCCUGCCGACCAGCUUGAGUCUGACGUCUUUUCGUAUCGGCCACGACAGACAGCUCCCACACCACCCUGAGGAAAAAAAGAUUGGAAGCUCCCGCCAUGUUCUUCCCUUCAGUCGCCAAGCUGCUCCUCGCAGCUGGCUUCGUCCACUCGGCCUUGGCCCACAACAUCCAGCUGCCCGCCCACGGCCGCGAGUGCUUCCACGAGUCGCUGCACCGCGAUGAUAAGAUGACCGUCACCUUCCAGGUCGGCGACCGCGAGUUUGGCAGCGCCGGCAACCUUGACAUCGACUUCUGGAUCACGAACCCCCAAGGCCAGUACGAGACCUUUGACAAGAGUGUCUCCAACGGCGACUUCUCCUUCGACGCGAAGCACGACGGCAAGUACACCUACUGCUUCGGAAACGAGCACUGGGGCGCCCACAGCAAGGAGGUCUCCUUCAACGUCCACGGCAUUGUAUACGUUAGCGAGACCGACGUCCCCGCCGACCCCCUCGAAGUUGAAGUCAAACACCUUUCCGAGCUCCUCGCCCAGGUCAAGGAUGAGCAGUCCUACAUUGUCCUUCGCGAGCGCACUCACCGUAAUACCGCCGAGAGCACCAACAGCAGAGUCAAGUGGUGGAACCUGUUCGUCAUUGGCCUCGUCGUUGGAGAGUCCGUGUUCCAGGUGUGGUGGCUUCGCAGAUUCUUCGAGGUCAAGAGGGUGGUUUAAGAAAUAAAAAGGCGUCGUCAUUUUUCGUUUUCCGGAUACCCGUGCUCGGGACGACAGGUCGAAGGCGCACAAAAAGGGAUGGGAUCUUAGCAGGAUGCUCUUCGAGGGCCGAAUGCCGAAAACACCCCUGGAGAUGAGAUUGAGAUGUAUAGUGUAUCAUAGAUCACAUGAAUGACACGAAUGGUUCUGAACAUGAAGCAAGGCUGGCUGUUUUGGUAUGGAGUGCAAUACCAGCGAACCUUUGAGCGCCUUUGACCAUAAGACUCCUCACAUCGUCUUUACUCUCAGCUCU